AUGACUGCAAAAAUAGAAGAUCUGAAUAAUUUAGAGACUGAAAUUGUUUUGUUAGCUACUGGAAAAAAAGUCGAAUUGCAAAUUGAAAAAGCGAAAAAUAAUGAAGAAGAGAAUUCUGAAGAUAGAGAAAUUUUUGAAAGGAUCCGUAAUGUUGGAAGUUGUAGUUCAGCAGCAGGUAGCAACUUUUUCCAUUCUUAUAGAAAGAUGAAAGAAAUAGAGGAGGAACGCCUAAAUAAAAUGGAGGAAGAUUAUUUGAAAGAGAAAGAAAAGAAGGAAUUUAACAUACAAAGAGAAACGAGAAUAAUGAGUUAUAUUGAAUCUACCAGCAAAAAAUCCCAAAAGAGAAAGAAGAAAAAGAUGCAAAAAAUUCUAAAGAAACAAAAAUCAAGUAAUUGA